CGCAGCGCUACCUGGUCGACCCGAUUACCGGCAAGCCGUUCGUGAACGCCGUGGUGUCUCUCACCGGGUUCGCGCUCGUCGGCGGGCCGGCGAGGCAGGACCACCCCAAGGCCAUUGCCGCGUUGCAGAAGCUCGACGUGCCGUACAUUGUCGCGCUCCCGCUCGUGUUCCAGACCACAGAGGAGUGGCUCAACAGCACCUUGGGGCUUCACCCCAUUCAGGUGGCGCUGCAGGUCGCGCUGCCGGAGCUCGACGGUGGGAUGGAGCCCAUCGUAUUCGCUGGCCGGGACCCCAGGACAGGGAAAUCACAUGCAUUGCAUAGGAGAGUGGAGCAGCUCUGCACUAGAGCUAUCAGAUGGGCAGAACUGAAGAGGAAAACUAAGGAGGACAAGAAACUGGCGAUCACCGUCUUCAGUUUCCCACCUGACAAGGGCAACGUCGGGACUGCAGCAUAUCUGAAUGUGUUCAGCUCCAUCUACUCUGUGCUGUCAGACCUCAAGAAGGACGGCUACAACGUAGAGGGUCUUCCGGACACACCUGAAGCCCUCAUCGAGGAGGUGAUCCAUGACAAGGAAGCUCAGUUCAACAGCCCCAACCUGAAUGUUGCUUACCGCAUGAAUGUGAGGGAGUAUCAGGCGCUCACCUCCUAUGCCUCCUUGCUGGAGGAGAACUGGGGGAAGCCACCUGGGCACCUCAACUCUGAUGGCGAGAACCUCCUUGUCUAUGGGAAGCAGUAUGGCAAUGUCUUCAUCGGAGUGCAGCCCACUUUCGGGUACGAAGGCGAUCCGAUGCGGCUUCUGCUCUCAAAGUCUGCCAGCCCUCACCAUGGCUUUGCAGCAUACUACACCUUUGUCGAGAAGAUCUUCCAGGCCGAUGCUGUCCUGAACUUUGGAACACACGGGUCCCUCGAGUUCAUGCCUGGCAAACAGGUUGGGAUGAGUGAUGCCUGCUACCCUGACAGUCUCAUCGGCAACAUCCCCAACAUCUACUACUACGCCGCAAACAACCCGUCAGAGGCCACAGUCGCCAAGCGCCGGAGCUAUGCGAACACCAUCAGCUACCUGACCCCACCGGCUGAGAACGCCGGCCUCUACAAGGGGCUCAAGCAGCUGGCAGAGCUCAUCUCUUCUUACCAGUCUCUCAAGGACACUGGGCGUGGUCCUCAGAUUGUGAGCUCAAUCAUCAGCACCGCAAAGCAAUGCAACCUUGACAAGGAUGUCCCACUGCCCGAGGAAGGGGAGGAGCUCCCACCAAGUGAGCGUGACCUGAUCGUUGGAAAGGUGUACGCCAAGAUCAUGGAGAUAGAGUCACGGCUCCCUCCCUGCGGUCUGCAUGUGAUCGGCGAGCCGCCAACCGCUAUUGAGGCGGUGGCCACACUGGUGAACAUAGCCGCCCUCGACCGCCCCGAGGAUGGCAUAAUCUCGCUGCCCGGCAUACUUGCCGCCACAGUGGGCAGGGACAUUGAAGAUGUGUACAGGGGAAGCGACAAGGGCAUACUGGCUGACGUCGAGCUCCUGAGGCAGAUAACUGAAGCUUCGCGUGGCGCCAUCACUGCCUUUGUUGAGAAGACCACAAACAGCAAAGGGCAGGUCGUCAAUGUUGCCAACAAUCUCAGUAACAUACUUGGCUUCGGCCUUUCAGAACCAUGGGUGCAGUACCAAGUUCAUCAGGGCAGACAGGGAGAAGCUGAGGGUUCUGUUUGGGUUCCUGGGGGAGUGCUUGAAGCUCGUGGUACAGGACAAUGAGCUGGGCAGCGGCAGAGGCUACUGGGAGACAUCGGAGGAGAACCUGGACAGGCUCAGGGAGCUCUACUCGGAGGUUGAAGACAAGAUUGAGGGGAUUGACCGGUAAACUGAUUUGCCAGAUUCAAAGGAAUGAGAAGCUUGGAACUCUUGUGUCUCAUUGAGGCUCUUGUACAAUGUGUGUGUAGCUUAUAUAUAUAAAAACUUGUAACAUGUAAUACCGGAGGAUACAAUCUUUAACAAGGAGCGUGGUGGUGAUUGG